UUGGCUCGGACCGAUAUGGAUAAAGGGAUCCCACACUGCUGCUAGAACGACACUCGUUUCUUGGUCCCUUGGAAGACGAACGCCUUCAGCGCGUCGCCGAUAUAUUUUAAUUUCGCUCACGAAAAAGUUUUUAUAAAAUCCUAUCAAGAUGUGUGAUGAUGAUGUUGCGGCGCUCGUUGUGGACAAUGGAUCCGGUAUGUGCAAAGCUGGCUUCGCUGGAGAUGAUGCUCCACGAGCUGUAUUCCCCAGCAUUGUUGGUCGCCCAAGACAUCAGGGUGUGAUGGUGGGUAUGGGUCAAAAAGACUCGUACGUUGGUGAUGAAGCUCAGAGCAAGAGAGGUAUUCUUACCUUGAAAUACCCCAUUGAGCACGGUAUCAUCACCAACUGGGAUGAUAUGGAGAAGAUCUGGCAUCACACUUUCUACAAUGAACUCCGUGUUGCCCCAGAAGAGCACCCAGUUCUUCUUACUGAGGCUCCACUCAACCCAAAGGCCAACCGUGAAAAGAUGACCCAAAUCAUGUUUGAAACCUUCAACAGUCCGGCCAUGUACGUCGCCAUCCAGGCCGUUCUUUCAUUGUACGCUUCUGGUCGUACCACUGGUAUUGUAUUGGACUCUGGUGAUGGUGUCUCACACACAGUACCAAUUUACGAAGGUUACGCUCUACCCCAUGCCAUCCUCCGUUUGGACUUGGCUGGUCGUGACUUGACCGACUACCUCAUGAAGAUCCUCACCGAGAGAGGAUACUCCUUCACCACCACCGCUGAGCGGGAAAUUGUCCGUGACAUCAAGGAAAAACUCUGUUACGUCGCCCUGGACUUUGAACAGGAAAUGGCCACCGCCGCAGCCUCCACCUCACUCGAGAAGAGCUACGAGCUUCCCGACGGUCAAGUCAUCACCAUCGGAAACGAAAGAUUCCGUUGUCCCGAGGCCCUGUUCCAACCAUCCUUCUUGGGUAUGGAAUCUUGCGGUAUCCACGAAACCGUCUACAACUCCAUCAUGAAGUGUGACGUCGAUAUCCGUAAGGACUUGUACGCCAACACCGUCCUCUCCGGAGGUACCACUAUGUACCCAGGUAUUGCUGACCGUAUGCAGAAAGAAAUCACCGCCCUCGCCCCAUCAACCAUCAAGAUCAAGAUCAUCGCUCCACCUGAAAGGAAAUACUCCGUAUGGAUCGGAGGUUCCAUCCUCGCCUCUCUGUCCACCUUCCAACAGAUGUGGAUCUCCAAACAAGAGUACGACGAAUCCGGUCCCGGAAUCGUCCACCGCAAGUGCUUCUAAGCAGCAAAUAACAUGUAAAGCUCCACUGACAGCCACCUCGCCUACAAUCACCAUCACAAUGCAUUGCCAUAUCGGGAUCUUAA